AUGGAAAGUUCGAAGAACUAUAGAGUGGAAAAAAGAGGGCACGAGCUAGUUGAGCAAGGUGAUGACGCAGAUCAUCUAAUCCAGCCCAAGAAGCCAAAAUUGCCAGGUUUAGCCAGUGUAAUCGUGGAAGCUUUGAAGGUGGAUAGUCUGCAAAGGCUUAGCUCAUCUUUGGAACCACUUCUCAGGAAAAUUGUCAGUGAAGAAGUGGAGCGUGCUUUAGCUAAAGCGGGCCAUGCUAAACUGGCUGAAAGAUCACAACCAAAACUAGAAGGACCAAGGUCAAAGAAUCUGCAGCUUUGUGUCAGAACAAGAAUGCCACCUCACUUGUUCACAGGUGGAAAGGUUGAGGGAGAGCAAGGAGCAUCUAUCCAUGUUGUCUUGCUAGACCCAAACACUGGCAGUGUAGUCCAAAUUGGACCAGAAUCAGUUGCUAAAUUGAAUGUUGUGGUACUUGAAGGAAACUUUAAUGAGGAAGCUGAUGAUGAUUGGACAAAGGAGCACUUUGAGAGCCAUGAAGUAAAGGAGCGUGAAGGGAAAAAGCCACUUCUAACUGGAGAUUUGCAGGUUAUUCUAAAGGAAGGGGUGGGAACCUUAGGUGAUCUUACUUUCACUGACAAUUCUAGCUGGAUAAGAAGCAGAAAAUUCAGGCUUGGUGUUAAGGUGGCUUCUGGAUAUUGUGAUGGGAUUCGUAUUCGUGAGGGAAAGACUGAAGCUUUUGCUGUUAAAGAUCAUAGAGGAGAAUUAUAUAAGAAACACUAUCCACCUGCUUUGCGUGACGAAGUUUGGAGAUUGGAUCGAAUAGCAAAGGAUGGGGCAAUGCACAAAAAAUUGAUUCUAGCAAAAAUAAUAACUGUAGAAGAUUUCCUUCGUCUACUUGUCAGGGACCCACAGAAGUUAAGAAGUAUACUUGGUAGUGGAAUGUCCAACAGGAUGUGGGAUAAUACUGUAGAGCAUGCCAAGACAUGUGUCUUGGGUGGUAAGCUUUUCGUUUACUACACUGAUGAGACUAAUAGCACUGGCAUUGUGUUCAGUCAUAUAUACGAACUGAGAGGCCUCAUUGCUGAUGGACACUUCUUCUCUUUGGAAUCACUUACACCAAAUCAGAAGAUGUCUGUGGAUUCCUUGGUGAAGAAAGCAUAUGAAAAUUGGAACCAAGUUGUAGAAUAUGAUGGAAAAGUUUUGAGUUCUGUUCCUAAUGCCAAAACAGGAUCAAGAUCUGUAGCCACACAUCAUAACUACGUUGUAGAGCAGCAGCAUACUUCAACAAAGAAUAGGAUGCCAUAUGUCACAAACCAACAUUUACAAAUAACAAAUAACCAUUCAAUGAAUACUGACUUGACUGAUUAUCCAUUUGGUAGGCCAGGCAGUGAGAUGGUAGGGACAAUGUUAAAUAACUCUCAAGUAGCAUUGUCAAGCAGCAUUAAUUACAAACCAGGUGAAAAAUCUGCAGUUGAAGGUACUUAUUUUCUAGGAGAUUGGUCUAGGCAGAGAAAUGGGCAAGGAUUGGAAGACAUUGUUGCCAAAGAACUCCAUCUUAGGAGUUCAGAGAUGUUGGAGAGUGAGGAUAUGCAAAGCUUACUUAAGACAAUUAAUGCAGGAGUCAGCAUGGAAACUAAUUUUGGUCAUUCCAAUGAGGGUUGUUACUCCUACAAUGUGCAAUAUGAGCCUCAUGUGUAUCAUACAUUCAGUCAGGAUCUUGGAAAGUCUUCAGGGAAAGCAGUUGUUGGGUGGCUUAAGCUUAAAGCUGCUUUAAGGUGGGGCAUAUUUAUCAGAAAAAAAGCUGCUGAAAGGAGAGCACGGCUUACUGAGAUGAAUUAA